GGAACGUUGGCCUCUGCUGCUGGGUCACACAAAUUACCAGUUUCACCGACGUCCAAGUGCCACAGAUGGCUCCUCAGAACCGAGCAGAGGCGUUAAAUGCCGAGUUCAUUUAGUGCACACUGGAAAAACUAUAUCCAAAGUGGCUCAGGCAAACUUUUAAUCAGGUGCCGUAUCUGGACACGUUCCAGCUGGUGAGGGGGCAAAAGUUCUGAAGAAGUUACUGAGGGGAUUGUUUUCUCUGUCUGAAAUGGACCCGGAACGCGGAGGUUCUGGGGAUCAGCUCCGCCAUCUGGACGUUGCGGUUGACGAGCGUGAACCCCGGAGAGGAAUCUUGGACCUUCUGAGCGAACUGCGUCCUGAGUGGAAGACGCAGGACAUUCAGAUGAAGACAUUUACAGAAGGCAUUACCAACCAGCUGAUUGGCUGCUACGUGGGCUCUCUCCAGGAGCCCGGUUGCGUGCUGGUGCGACUUUACGGCAGAAUGACGGAGCUCUACAUGAAUCGCGAUCGAGAGGUGGAGAUGUUCCAGGUCUUCCACGCGCACGGCUGCGGGCCCGAGAUCUACUGCAGCUUCCAGAACGGCAUCUGUUACGAGUUUGUCCGAGGAAAUGUGCUGGAGGACGAGCUGCUGCGGCAGCCGUCCAUCUACAGAUUGAUUGCAGCCGAGAUGGGAAAAAUCCACUCGAUCCAGCCAAAACGUGGCCAGCCGACGGAGCCUCAGCUCUGGGCGAAGAUGUCUCAUUUUCUGACUCUGGCGGAGAGCAGCAUCACCAGGACUCCAGCUGAGCAGGCGUGCACUAAAAGCUCCUUGCCUCUUCGAGAAGUGCCGAGCUACGAGGUUCUGUUGGAGGAGAUGGAGUCGCUGAAGAGACACCUGUCCCAGACGGACUCGCCCACCGUCCUCUGCCACAACGACCUGCUCACAAAGAACAUCAUCUACGACUGUCAAGAAGGGUCGGUGAAAUUCAUAGACUAUGAGUAUGCGGACUACAACUACCAGGCCUUCGACAUCGGGAAUCACUUCAAUGAGUUUGCUGGUGUGACUGACGUCGACUACAGCCUGUACCCGAGCCGGGAGCUGCAGAGGGACUGGCUGACCGCCUACCUGGAGAGCUACAAACGCAGCACGGGCCGCAACGUCACGGCGACCGACGAAGAAGUCACGAAGCUCUACGUUCAAGUCUGCAAAUUCUCUCUUGCAUCCAACUUCUUCUGGGGUCUCUGGGCCAUCCUGCAGUCCCAAUACUCCUCUAUCGACUUUGACUUCCGAAGGUACGCUGUCGCUCGACUCAGCUACUACUUUGAGAAGAAAGAAGAAUACUUCGAAUUGUCGGCGAGCCAGUUAACCAACUAUUGAAUAAACCCUGAAGCGAUGUCGUC